AUGAUUCCAUCCACAUGCUGCAUUAGCAGCCGCACUCCCUACAGUGCUACGGCGGCUGAUAGUAGUACUAAGGCCGCUGGCGGAAGCGGUCGGGUGGCUGCUCUCAACAGGCAGAAUCUGAGUAAGUCAGGCGGCCAUUCGAUUCUUGGUAAGCGACACGGUGGACCGGAAUUUGCUCGCUCCUCGGACCGAGUGCCGUUUUUUGCGGGCAUUUCCGAGCUGCACGCGCGACAGGAGGAAAAAUCAAGCUACCCGGAACAGACGAUCCCUUUUGCACGCCGCCGUCAACCUAAGGCCGCUGUCGCCGCCGCUGGUGCCGCUGCUGUCGUCGCUGUUGCGAAAUCACCGUCUCCCGUCGGUGGUGGCUUUACUGCUACGUCCAUGUCAGCGGAAAACGCUCUCCAACCACAUGGCGGCGGCGCUCUCAUGCACCUAGGAAGAAACACUACUGAGGAGCAAGUCACCUGCGGCCUGGUCCUAGAGACGCGGUACUGCCAACGCAUGGUGGAGGUUGCUAGGGAGACCGAUCUGGAACCUCGGGCAAUCGCGGCGAUGCAUGCGGCAGGUCACCUAGCGGCGCAGCGAUUCUCGCAGCUCUUCGCGGAGCAACAAUCGGCGAGGGAUGAGGAGAAGCGGCUGCUUCUCCGCUCCUGCGGUGAUGAUCGCAGGGUCAGCAGCAGGUGGGCUGAUGAGGCUCAGCAGCUACUGCUGUGGCGUCACAACAGUCUGCGGGCCUUGGCGGCGAGUCAAGAUGGGAAAGGCAUGCUCGCAGUACCGCCUCCAUGCAAGCUGGAACGCCGUGGGAAGGGAGACUUGGUGGGGUCAACCCUCGGUAAGGCAUCGUUGCUGGACGGGCAUCGGCACGUGGAGGACGGCGAGUGGCGUCGUGUGCACGGCGACGGGCCUCGCAGGGGAACAGACUCCAGGUGCGCAAGUUGGCUGGAGGCUGGUGGGCAGGAGAUCACGUUCGGAGGUGCAGCGCAGGAGGAGAAUGGCAGAGAGAAGCAGAUGCCAUUGGAGAAAGUGCUUCUGCACUCGUGCUUCCAGUCGGAGCAGCAACGGGUGGCGAAGCAACAACGGGAGGCGGAGCAGCAACGGGAGGCGGAGCAACGGGAGGCAGAGCAUCGGAAUGGUACGAGAAGAAAGAGGCUGCGUGGAGAGGAGGAGAAGCUGUCGGCGCUGCUGCUGGCGUCCCACCAGGCAGUCAUGCAGCAGCAGAGGGAACAGCUCGAAUUGCAGCGGAGGCAGAAGCUGGUGCUGGAGCAAAGCCGAGAGUUGGCAUGCUCGCUUGCCUCUCAACGAGAGCCCUCGACCGCAGCAAAGAAAAUGGCGUCCGCUCCCCCUCCGCCUACCGGCGGCGGCGGCGGCGGCGCUGGCGAUCGCGGCGUGCAGCCGAUGAGCCUGAAGGAGGUUCAGGAGCGCAUCGACCAGCUCUACGGGGACCGCAGCGCGAAGAACCUUCGCGAAGGCAUCCGAAAAGGCUUUAUUUCGGUCGGGAAGGGAGUCUUCGCCGGUGUCGGUGCUCUCGUCGCGGCGCCGAUCGCGGGCGCUGCGCAAGAGGGCGGCAUCGGAUUGGUUAAAGGGACCGUGGCGGGGGUGGCUAGUCUCGUCGUGCUGCCUACUAUUGGGGUAGUGCAAGGUGCGCAGCAGCUAGGCCAGGGGAUUAAGAACAUUCCCGACGCGGUUCGGGAGAUGAUGAAGAAGGACAAGUGCGAGGAGGAGGCGGAAAAAGGGGAGAUUCUAGAAGAUUCAGACGCGGAUAAGCUUAACGAACAGACGUACUCGCACACGCGCGAAACCGUCGAGAAGAUCGCGCUCGAAGCGGAAACAGAGGCGACUGCCACGUCAGCGGCGAAGGCUGCUGCCGACGAAGCAGCCGCCACAUCUGCCGCGGAAGCGGCGGAAGCGACGGCCGCGGCGGAGAAGGGGGAGAAGCGGGAGGUUAAGGACGAGGCGCUUUACCUGGUUCUAGAGGUCGCGACGGACGCGUCAUCCGUGGAGAUUAAGAAGGCUUACUACAAGGUACGUGCUGCUGGGGGAAGGGGGAGGGAGAGUGGGGGAAGGAGGAGUUGGAGGGGGAAGGAGGGGGGGGGAGAAGAGGAGGGGGAAGGAAAGGGGGGAGGAAGGGGAAAAGAGGAGGGGGGAGGAAAGGGGGGGAGAAGAGGAGGGGGGCGGUACUCAAUGUUACGAGAACCUCUAUUGCAACAUCCAACCCCUUGUUCGCCCCUAUUGUCUCUCACACUUCUAUCCCGCCCCCAGCUAGCCCGUACAUGCCAUCCUGAUAAGAACCCCGGCGACGAGAGCGCCAAGGCCAAGUUCCAAGCUGUCGGCGAAGCGUACCAAGUGCUCAUGGACCCCGCCAAGCGCGAGCAGUACGACCGCUUCGGCCGCGCCGCGCUCGAAGACACCUUCAUGGACCCCGGCUCCUUCUUCACCAUGGCGUUCGGUGCAGAGCGGUUCAAACCGCUUGUGGGGGAGUUGACAGUGGCGUACACAGCGGCGGGCAAUCUGACGGUGGAGGAGGUGAAGCGGUGGCAGGCGCGGAGAGAGAGGGAGCUCGCGGACGGGCUGCUGAAGCGGCUGGGGCUGUGGCUGGCGGGGGAUGAGGAGGGGUUUGUGAGGGUUGCCGUGAAGCUGGUGGAUGAGUUGAAGGGCGAAGCCUUUGGGGUCGCCUUUCUGCACUGUAUCGGCUACACGUACUACUCGCGGGCGCAGGUGCUGCUAGGCCUCACAGAGCUGCUCGGCAUUCCGGGCUUCGUGAAUGCUGUGAAAGAAUCCGGACACACCAUGAAGACCCGGUACAAUGCUGUGGAUGCGGCGCUUAAGCUAUCGGAGAUGAAGGUCAACAUGGACCCUCAGAAGCCCGCCAGCGAGCAAGCAGCACCAUUCAUGAUAAGCGUGCUGGACAUAGAGAGUACACUGCGGCACGUGGUGGAGCUUGUAGUGAAAGACAAGACAGCUUCUAAGGAGGACAGAAAGAAGCGGGCCAGCGGCAUCAUGAGACUGGGGAAGAUUUUCCAAGAGGUGCUCCUCUUCAGUGCGCCUCCUCGUCUUCCCCCGGGCACAUGCUUGCAAGGGCCUCAUCACUCUCAUACUGCCCACAGCAGCAGAGGUGUGGGUGGGUGGGAGGAGGGGUGCGAAGGGGGGAGGAGGGGGAAAGAGGAGGGAGAAGAGGGGAGGAGUGGGGAACAGGGGAAAUUGCGAGGAAAGCGGGAGAGGAGGGGUCAGGGAAAGCGGGAGUGGUUGGAUGUGAAGGCGUGCUGUGACUACAUUUGGACCUUCACCUGGCAGCAACAGAGCACCCACCUGCCACCAACAGAGCACCCACCUGGCAGCAACAGAGCACCCACCUGCCACCAACAGAGCACCCACCUGGCAGCCACAGUUGUAUGCAGUAGAAGUGCUUCUGUCGCAGGCGAUGCAGUGCGAGCAGCAGAAGCUGUGACGGAUGGCAGGGGGGGAGGGGAGCAGGAGAUGGCAGGGGGGGAGGGGAGCAGGAGAUGGCAGGGAGGGAGGGGAGCAGGAGAUGGCAGGGAGGAAGGGGAGCAGGAGAUGGCAGGGAGGGAGGGGAGCAGGAGAUGGCAGGGAGGGAGGGGAGCAGGAGAUGGCAGGGCGGAGGGCGAAAGAAGGUAA